CCGGACGCCUCUCCUCACUCCCCUCCCUUGUCGCCUCCACCUGGCUCCUCCCAGUGCUCGGCGAGCUCCCCUUCCCCCUUCCCCAAGGACAGUCUGCAAGGAAGCCGCCUCCGAGGAGCGCGAGGACGAAAAGAGAAUAUCAUGACCCAUGAAGAGCACCAUGCAGCCAAAACUCUGGGGAUUGGCAAGGCCAUCGCCGUGUUAACCUCCGGUGGAGAUGCCCAAGGUAUGAAUGCUGCUGUCAGGGCUGUGGUUCGAGUUGGUAUCUUUACUGGAGCCCGCGUCUUCUUUGUUCAUGAGGGUUAUCAAGGCCUGGUGGAUGGUGGAGAUAACAUCAGGGAAGCCACAUGGGAGAGCGUUUCCAUGAUGCUUCAGCUGGGAGGCACUGUCAUUGGAAGUGCCCGAUGCAAGGACUUCCGGGAGCGAGAAGGAAGACUCCGCGCUGCCCACAACUUGGUGAAGCGUGGGAUCACCAACCUGUGUGUCAUCGGGGGCGAUGGUAGCCUCACUGGGGCGGACACCUUCCGUUCUGAGUGGAGUGGCUUGUUGGGCGACCUACAGAAAUCGGGUAAGAUCACAGCUGAGGAGGCCAAGAAGUCCAGCUACCUGAACAUCGUGGGCCUGGUUGGCUCGAUUGACAAUGACUUUUGUGGCACUGAUAUGACCAUUGGCACAGACUCAGCCCUGCACCGGAUCAUAGAGAUUGUUGAUGCUAUUACUACUACUGCUCAGAGCCACCAGAGGACGUUUGUGUUGGAAGUUAUGGGCCGGCACUGUGGCUACCUGGCUCUUGUCACCUCUCUCUCCUGUGGAGCUGACUGGGUUUUUAUUCCUGAAUGUCCACCAGAUGAUGACUGGGAGGAACAUCUUUGUCGUCGGCUCAGUGAGACAAGGACCCGUGGUUCUCGUCUGAACAUCAUCAUCGUUGCUGAGGGUGCCAUUGACAAAAAUGGGAAACCGAUCACCUCAGAAGACAUCAAGAAUCUGGUGGUAAAGCGUCUUGGAUAUGACACACGGGUCACUGUCCUGGGACACGUGCAGCGGGGCGGAACACCAUCAGCUUUUGACCGAAUCUUGGGUAGCAGGAUGGGUGUGGAAGCGGUGAUGGCUCUUUUAGAAGGAACCCCAGACACUCCAGCCUGUGUGGUGAGCCUCUCUGGUAACCAGGCUGUGCGCCUCCCCCUAAUGGAAUGUGUCCAGGUGACCAAAGACGUCACCAAGGCCAUGGAUGAGAAGAAAUUUGAUGAGGCCAUGAAACUGAGAGGCCGGAGCUUCAUGAACAACUGGGAGGUAUACAAGCUCCUGGCUCACGUCAGACCUCCAGUAUCUAAGGUCGCGUCACACACUGUGGCCGUGAUGAACGUGGGGGCCCCGGCUGCAGGAAUGAACGCCGCCGUCCGCUCCACUGUGAGGAUCGGCCUCAUCCAGGGCAACCGAGUGCUGGUCGUGCAUGACGGCUUCGAGGGCCUGGCCAAGGGGCAGAUUGAGGAGGCUGGCUGGAGCUAUGUCGGGGGCUGGACUGGCCAAGGUGGCUCUAAACUUGGAACUAAGAGGACUCUGCCCAAGAAGAACAUGGAGCAGAUCAGUGCCAACAUCACCAAGUUCAACAUCCAGGGCCUCAUCAUCAUCGGGGGCUUUGAGGCUUACACAGGCGGCUUGGAGCUGAUGGAGGGCCGGACGCAGUUUGAUGAGCUCUGUAUCCCCUUCGUGGUCAUUCCUGCUACAGUGUCGAACAAUGUCCCUGGCUCAGACUUCAGCAUUGGGGCUGACACAGCUCUCAAUACCAUCUGCACGACCUGUGACCGCAUCAAGCAGUCAGCGGCAGGCACCAAGCGUCGGGUAUUUAUCAUUGAGACCAUGGGAGGCUACUGUGGCUACCUCGCCACCAUGGCAGGAUUGGCAGCCGGUGCUGAUGCUGCUUACAUCUUUGAGGAGCCCUUCACCAUUCGGGACCUGCAGGCGAAUGUUGAACAUCUGGUGCAAAAGAUGAAGACAACUGUGAAAAGGGGCUUGGUAUUAAGGAAUGAGAAGUGCAAUGAGAACUAUACCACGGACUUCAUUUUCAAUCUGUACUCCGAGGAGGGGAAGGGCAUUUUCGACAGCAGGAAGAAUGUGCUUGGCCACAUGCAACAGGGUGGCAGUCCAACCCCAUUUGACAGGAAUUUUGCCACCAAGAUGGGCGCCAAGGCUAUGAACUGGAUGUCUGGGAAAAUUAAAGAGAGUUACCGUAAUGGGCGGAUCUUUGCCAAUACCCCAGACUCUGGCUGUGUUCUGGGUAUGCGUAAAAGGGCCCUGGUCUUUCAGCCAGUGACUGAGCUGAAGGAUCAGACAGAUUUUGAGCACCGCAUCCCCAAGGAACAAUGGUGGCUGAAGCUGAGGCCCAUCCUAAAAAUCCUGGCCAAGUAUGAGAUCGACUUGGAUACCUCUGAGCACGCCCACCUGGAACACAUCAAUCGGAAGCGGUCUGGAGAAGUUCCUGUCUAAACCACUCUGGAGAAAGGGGAGUGGAUUGUCCCAUCAUGAUCAACUCACUGCCUGACAGAUCCACGCCCCCACGUAUUCUCAAGUGUUUUAGCUCAUGUUUUCCACUAGGUUUCCUUUAAUUCUGUAACUGCAGCUACGAUCAGCUCUGCCAGAAGGUAGUGAGUGAAAGCUCCUUUUAGGUUCAGUUUGUCAUGACUUCUACCCCAGCUUCACCUGUCACCACAAGACUGGGCUCCUCUAGUGCUACUGCUAGAUUUCAGUUACUCGGUUAGAAUUUUCCUAAAAGUAAGCUUUAUUUAUUUCUUUGUGAUAACAAAGUCUUGAUUCCCCCACGACUUUUACUACAGUGACAAAUAUUAACUACACUAAUAAAUGCCAACUGGUCACUGUG